CCGUGACGUCAUGACCACGUGACAAUGUCAGGCGCAGCACUUCGACGUUUUUGGGAGCAGAUCUUUUAGAUCUUGUUUUAUAGAUUCGGUCAUCCAAUCCAUUUUUGAACUGUCAACCCGACUGAACAAUUGUUUGAAAACGCUCUGAAGCUUUCCUCAUUUAUAUGUUUGCUCUUAAAAUUCCACGAGACUAGCAGCCCUCCCUAACCCGCUAGGAAUGGGUAAAAAAAAUCAAAUCGUCCAGCGGCCACUCACUCGGUAACAGUUGCAACUGCCCGGAAAGCUAGGAGAAGCGACUGGCUAACCGUUGGCAGGGAGAUAAGAGCGGGCUGUUGUUGAGCUAAUGUGCCACGCUGUGUUUUCAAAACUGGUUGUGUCCCGUCCAGAACCAAAGCGGCUACAGGAAGGAGAUUCACACGACAUUAUAACUGACAGAUAAGAGAUGGAAGGAGAUGACUGCAAUUUUCCUCCAGAUCUGUCCGAUGAUCACUCACAAAGGGGAAGUGUGGCUUCCUCCGCAACACUUUCCCGGGCUCAAGACGUGCUGGUGUACAUGUUUGGGGAUGGCGCGGUGCACUUGUCGGUGGAGGGGCUCGGUAGCAUCUCUGUGCAGGAGUUGGGCCGCAGUGUUCGGGAGGCUCUCAAUAUUCCUGAUUCUGUGCUGGAUGCUUUUGCCUUUUGGCUGUGCUCGCCACUGCUCGAGCUGCAGUUAAAGGCCAGGCAUCAGCCUUACAAAUUAAGUCGGCAGUGGCAGGACUUGCUGUAUCGCUUCACCGAAGCAUCAGAGGAGGAAAUUUCGCAAGAUGAACCGUUUCUGCAGUACAGACGCAACGUGUUUUAUCCCAAACCGAAAGAGCUGCAGAUUGAGGAUGAGGGAGUGUUGAGGCUUCUGUACGAGGAAGCCAGGAGCAACAUCCUCACGGGGCGAUACCCCUGUGACCCCGAGCACUGGAUGAGUCUUGGAGCCUUGUCUCUUGCCGUUGAUGAGGGAACUACUCUGGAAAGCCAACAAUUAACCGCUGCUGUAAGAGAAAAAAAGCUGUCCUCCUUCCUGCCUGCACACGUGCUCAUGGGCAGUGGAGGUUUGUUCUCCACGCUGCGAGGGAAGUCGAGCCGUCACGCGGGGCUGGAGCAGAAGCUGCUGGAGGAGUACCGGAAGAUCUCCACCUCUGCUGCCAGCCCUGUGGAGCCCACCCAGCUCCUGCGCCAGUACCUCAAAACAUGCCACGCUCUGCCUUAUUAUGGGUGCGCUUUCUUCUUUGGGGAGAUUGACAAACCCGCGCAGGGGAUCCUCCAACGGGGAAAACGCAAAGCCGUCAGUGUGGGGAUCUGCUUGGAUGGAGUUUAUGUGAUGGAUGUAAAAGAGAAGCAUGUGCUGCUUGGCCUGCGCUUCAGCGAGCUCUCCUGGGACCACAGCUACCCCGACGAGGAGGGGGAGCCACACAUUCUCUGGCUGGAGUUUGAUGGAGAAGAAGACGGCACCCCUGUCAACAAACUGCUGAAGAUCUACUCAAAACAAGCCGAGCUAAUGAGCGGCUUCAUUGAGUUCUGCGUGGAGCUGAAGCCUGCGUCCGAGGGAGGGGCCGCGGCCGAGGCAGACGGCGAGGCCAGUCCGUCCCGCCCAGCGGCCGGCGAGCAAGCAGGCGGCGCCCGAAACGGCCGCGGGGGCCGGCGCGGGAUGCUGCAGCGGCAGGGCAGCGUGGUGUGCAGCCGGGUGGACGCGCUCAACACCAUCAGCUACGUGGACACAGGAAAAGAGAUCAAGCGCCUGAAGCCCAAAAGAGCAGCGUCCUUCUUCGCCCGGCAGGCGUCCGGACCCACUUACUCUGCCGUCCAGGUGGCCGAGAGCCUGGAGCAAGGU